UAAGGGAUUUUUGAGGGAUCUGGGGGUGGUUUGGGAGCAUGAAGAGCAGAUUUUGGGGCCCUUUGGGGGCUCGUAGAGUAGAUUUGGGGAUUCUGGGGGGCUGUGGGACCCCCACGGGUUGCUUGGAGGGGUCCCGGGCUGUCAUCCCCCCCUCUUUUUUGACACUUUUGGGGCCGUGCAGGCGACGAAUGCAAGGCUGGGCAGUGCUGUGGGUGCCAGGCACCGAUCAUGCAGGCAUUGCCACCCAGGUGGUGGUGGAGAAGUGGCUGUGGCAACAGCGGGGUGUGCGACGUCAGGAUCUGUCCCGUUCUGAGUUUUUGGAUGAGGUCUGGGCUUGGAAGGAGAGGCACGGUGACGAAAUCCUGCGCCAGCUGCGCGCCCUGGGAGCCUCACUGGACUGGAGCCGCUGCGCCUUCACCAUGGACCCCGGCUUCUCCAGGGCGGUGACGGAGGCGUUCGUACGGCUGCACCGCGCUGGGUUGGUGCGACGCGAUCGACGUUUGGUCAACUGGUCGUGCGCCCUGCGCUCUGCUGUGGCUGAUGUGGAGGUGGAACCACGACCCCUGGUUGGCCCCACGGAGCUGCGUGUCCCUGGCUGUCCCCAUGCCGUCACCUUCGGUGUCCUCGUCACCUUCGCCUACCCCGUGGAGGGGGAUGAUGGCCUGGAGCUCCCGGUGGCCACCACACGUCCUGAGACAAUGCUGGGGGACGUGGCCGUGGCCGUGCACCCCAUGGACCCCCGAUACCAGCACCUCCAUGGCCGCCAUCUCCGUCACCCCUUCACUGGGCAGCUGCUGCCUGUUGUCACCGACCCCACGGUGGAGCCCACGAGGGGCACCGGGGCAGUGAAGGUGACACCAGGACACAGUCACCCCGACCUGGCCCUGGCACGUGCCCACGGGCUGCCUCUGCUCUCCGUCAUCGGGGAUGAUGGCACCAUGUGUCCCCCCGGCGGGGGGUGGCUCCAGGGCGUCCACCGCUUCGUGCCCCCCGACACGGGGCUCUGGGUGGUGGCACGCAGUGAGGACGAAGCCCAGGAUGAGGCUGCCCGCCUCUGCCAUGCCCCCCGGGACAUAGAGCUGCAACAAGACCCUGACGUCCUGGACACGUGGUUCUCUUCCGCUCUCUUCCCCUUCGCCGCCCUGGGGUGGCCCGAAGAGACCGCCGAUCUGCAUCGCUUCUACCCCACAACCCUACUGGAGACAGGCAGCGAUCUGCUCUUUUUCUGGGUCGCACGCAUGGUGAUGUUGGGACAGGAGCUCACCGGGCACCUGCCCUUCUCCCAGGUGCUGCUGCACUCUCUGGUGCGCGACGCAGCGGGGCGGAAGAUGAGCAAAUCGCUGGGGAACGUCGUUGACCCCCGGGAUGUUAUUGGUGGAGCAUCACUUCAGGAGCUGCAGGAGAAGCUGCGCCGCACCGUCCUCGACCCGCAUGAACUGGCAGUGGCCUCAGAGGGGCAGAAGCGCCAGUUCCCCCAUGGCAUCCCCGAAUGCGGCACCGACGCCCUCCGCCUUGCGCUGUGCUCCCACAACGCCCACGGCGAUGACAUCCGCCUGGACGUGGCCGCCGUGCUGAACCAACGCCACUUCUGCAACAAAAUCUGGAACGCCGUCAAGUUCGUCCUCGCUGCCCUCGGUCCCCACUUCAUCCCUCGGCCCCCCGAGGAGACGGCCCCCCACGCUCCCAGCCGGUGGGUGCUGAGCCGCCUGGCGCGGGCGGUGGGUGAUUUUGGGAAGAGGAUGGAAGCUCUGGAGGUGCACGGGGCCACGGCUGCUGCACAGCACUUCUGGCUCAGGUCCUUCUGCGACGUCUACUUGGAGGCCGUCAAACCCUCCCUCCGCCGCCCUGACCCGGACCCCACCACGCUGCAGACGCUGCUGAGCUGCGCCGAGUUGGGCCUCCGCCUCCUCGCUCCCCUCUCCCCCUUCUUGGCCGAAGAAUUGUGGCACCGCCUUCCCCGUGCCCCCAGCGCCCCCACCCUCUGCCUUGCUCCGUUCCCCUCCGCCGCCAUGCUGGCCCGUUGGCUCUGCCCGGAGGUGGAGGCGGAGGUGGAGGCCAUGAGGGAGGUGGUGAGGACUGUGAGAGCUCUGAGGGAUGUGUUCCGCCUCGGUGCUGCGCGGCCGCGUGUGGCAGUGCGAUGCCCAGCAGCGCUGCAGGACGCCAUGUUGGAUUUGAGCCCCACGCUCCAGGCCCUGGCACAGGCGGGGCCCGUGGAGCUCCUCCCCCAGGGGCGGGGCCGGAAGGGCCUGGUGGACCCCCACUCUGAACGUGCCCGGCUCCACGCCCGCAGCCUCAGCCUCCAGCGCCGCCUCCGUGCCCUCACCCCUGGGGGGGAGAAUCCCACAUCCUCCUCCCCCCACCAACGCCAGGUAGGGGCUCUCAUUAACUAAUUAACACUGUCAAUU